AUGUUUUUCCUGUCGAUGCUGGCCAUCGUCACAUCGCUGGUCUCUGCGCUCCCAACCCCUGUUCAAAAAAGGACGGAUUGCACGUUUACUUCUGCGGCCAGCGCCAUCGCUGGCAAGAAGUCCUGCUCCACCAUCGUCUUGGAAGACAUCCAUGUCCCCGCCGGAGAAACGCUAGACCUGUCGGACUUGGAGCCCAAGACUAAGGUUGUCUUCGCCGGCGAAACCAGCUUCGGUUACAAGGAAUGGGACGGCCCAUUGAUCCGCGUCUCGGGCUCGAACAUUGUCGUCGUCGGCACAACGAACCACACCAUCAACGGCGGUGGAGAGCGGUGGUGGGAUGGCCAGGGCACGAAUGGAGGGAAGACGAAGCCGAAGUUCUUCUACGCUCAUGGUCUAGACAACUCGCUCAUCGCCGGGCUGAACGUGAAGAAUACGCCUGUGCAGGCGUUCAGCAUUGAGUCGAACCAUCUGCUCCUCACCCAUAUCACGAUCGAUGACUCCGACGGCGAUGAUCUUGGCGCCCACAAUACCGAUGCCUUUGAUGUCGGAGAUUCUACCCACGACAUUUUGUUCACUGGCGCCUACUGCUUUGGCGGACAUGGGCUCUCCAUCGGCUCGGUAGGUGGACGCUCGAACAACAAAGUCGAGAACGUCAAGAUCGAAAAGUCCACCGUGGUCAAUUCGCAGAACGGCAUCCGCAUCAAGACCGACUACAAGCAGACGGGCCUCGUGUCUGGCGUCACCUUUUCGAACAUCCGAUUGUCCAAUAUCUUAGACCACGGCAUUGUCAUCGAGCAGGACUAUGAGAAUGGCAGCCCGACUGGCACGCCGACUACAGGGAUUCCGAUUACAGACUUGACUGUGGAGAAUAUCACGGGCUCCGUGCAGAGCGAUGCGGCGCCGGUUUAUAUCCUGUGCGGAGAUGGGAGUUGUUCGGACUGGAAGUGGGAGGGAGUUGAUCUGAGCGGUGGGCAGGCGAGUGAUAAGUGUGAAAAUAUGCCUGAUGGCAUUGAGUGUUAG